CCGGCCGUGCACCGAACGCCGUCGCUCGAACCUCUGUACUCAAUAGCCCUCCUCCGUCCUGGAUUUUGUCUCCUCCGUCCGACCAUUGAGGUUUUGCGCCCAACCCGUCCUAAUCUAAUCACCGCCGCCCUUCCCCUUUCGCUGCAAGCAUCUCAUCCCCAUCAUGCUGCUCAAGGUAUCUCGCCGGACCCAGCCGGCAUCCAUUGCUUGCGACGUGGCUCUCUCCUCCCCCUUCUCGAACUCGGACACCAGCUCCGGUCUGCCCAUCAGCCCGGCCCUGCCGCCAAGCCGUUUGUCGCGGGCGCAUCAGGGCUUCCACCGAAACGAAAUCGAAUCGGAUCCGGCCCUGUGGAAGACUCAUGUCAUCAGAGAGGUCGUCCUGGAUAUGGUCAACAAGGAGGUGGUCUGCUACCUCGUCGACCACCAGACCGUCCUCCGUCAAUACAUGCAUCCCAGCUGCUUCUUCCUGCUCAAGAAGGCGCUACGGGCGCUCUCCAACCCUGCCCUCUACUAUCUCGACGCCGACCAACCGCCGGGCUCGCCGCCUCCCGAGCUCCACCUCCCCGCUCCCUCGGCAAAGGCAAAACGCUCUGUGUUUCAAGAGAUCAACUCGGAGAUCCUGGAAACGACGUCGUCUGUUCUUCCGUUCCUGGUGCAUCUUCAAAAGCCCCAGCCGCGGCCGCCCAAGACUCCCCUUGAGAUCCGAAACGAGGUCUUUGCCAAGGUCCGCUCCGACCUGUUUGACAUCUAUCGGCGCUUUGUCCUGCAUCCCUUCCUGAAGCGGCAGCUACCGGCGUCCUACCAGCUCUGGCUGGCCAGCAGCAAUGUCGUCAAGUUCGAGCGCCGGAUCGCCGAAAUCGAUCGCUCUCUGGACGAGUAUGCAAAGAUUGCGAUCCAGAUCAAGACAACCCUGUGCAGGAUGCGCACUGCCUUUGUCGACCACGUUCUCCAGAUCUCGCCCGACUCGAUCUUUACUCUCGAGACGAUUCCUCCAACGCCCCUGGCGACCCCCACCCUAAUUGCCCAGCGAGCCGACGACGUGCCCAGUGCCCUCGAGCCUGCACCAAACGUUCUCGACUCGCUACCUCCCCCAGCCAUUGUGGUUUCUGAGGACUCGCUAGAUGUGCAUCCGCCCGCAUCCGUGCCCGAGUCGCUGGCCCAAGCUGCCGAUCUCUUGGAGAGCAACGGCGCUGUAGCCGCAGCUCCUCCGGCACCCGAUGGCGAUGAUGUUGCUACUCCUCCAGCAGCUCGUGCAAAGCCUGCCAAGAAGCGGCUCAAAAACCGCCAAUGCUUGCGCGUCAUGACCAAUCUCGCCUCUCAGGGACAGUGGGUCAUGACCGGCUCGCCCAUCGACGUCGAGGCCGAUCUCAGCAACGCCCCCAGCGAGGAUCUGAAUCUGGCUGCCAUCGACAAACUCGUCAGCAGGUUCAGCGACAGUAUCCGGGUCGAGUUUGAGGAUCUCGAGGAGCUCUCCGACGCCUUUCUCAAGGGUGUGUAUCAGGAUCUCCAGACCGAUGUGGCCCACAUCAACAACACGCUGCUGUCAAUCCAGAACAAGAUCGACAUGGUCUCUCGCGCACCGCUGGACCGCGGCGCCUCCGGCAUCCUCCCUGCUUCCGAUGGGGCGGCAGCAGCCUCAAUCGCCCUUGCUCCGCGCGAUAUCAUCCACGCCGUAGCUUCGACCCGCACCUUCAAGCUGCACGAGUCGAGCCCCGAAGGGAUCACCAUCGAGCAGGGUCGCCAGUACCUCGAGGAGCUAUCCAUGGCUCUGCUCAUGAUUUGCUACACGCGCGAUUUGGUGCAGGACGAGCUCAAGUCUCGAGAGGACCGACCCAAGCGGCCGCUGUCUCGCCCAAGCCUCGGCAACAUCACCCUCGGCAACCCCAACUCGCUCAUCGCCCCUGUCUCGCUGGCCACGGCAAGCGGCCUGGCGUCUUUCUUUUCGUCCAUCUUCACUGGCGACGAAUCUCAUCCGCCCUCUCCAACCAGCCGAUUCUCGCUGUUGCGUGCCCCGUCUCCGUCGGUGCCGGCGGAUGCGAGUGACUCACAACCCUUGACUACUGACAGGCCCCGACGCAAGUACCGGUUCACUGCUGCGGGCGAGAUUGAGAUCCUUGGCACCCAGAACUUUAUCAGCUGCUACGAAGUCGUGUGCGAUCUGCUGAGCCGGAUCCGCGAAAUGAGAAACGCGGCAACGACCCGCAAGAUCGAGGCGCUUCAGGGCCGCGAAGUGUGGAAGCAAGAAGCCAAGGCUCUCGUCAGCGAGACCGAAGAGCGUCAGAGACGGCAGCGCGAACUGCUCGAAGAGAAGCGAAACCGCAUUGCUGAAAUGGCACGCCAACAAUCCCAGGCCAUGAUGCGACCACCACAGCGGCGGCUCAUGUCGCUGCUUCAGCAAUCGCCCAUCCCUGGUGAUGGCUCAUCGUCGCCUGGGAGCCAGCGCGCUUCUGGCCUGACCGAGUCGGAUCAGAUUGCUGUCACGAUGGGCUCGCCACCCCUGCCAUUGGGCUCGCCACUGAUCAACCCGGUUACGACUCCGCCGCCGCCGCCGCUCGAGGGCUUCCUCUCCGAGAUUGAGCGCAAACUGACCAAGCCCAUGACCCAGACAAGCGGGGCCGAGGUGCCGCCCAGAGCGGACAGCAUCGGCGCGGUGGCAUCGCUUUCCUCAGAAGGCGAUCUCUCCACGGUCAGCCCAGACUCCAAGCCUGGCUUGCCUCCCAGUCUCGUCGAUGUCCCUGUCAAGGAGGAUGUGCUUUCGGCUGUCGCCAACGAAGCUGAAGCUGGUCUGGCAUCGCCUUCGCUGCCCGAUUUCUACGUGCCCUCGCCAACUCAACGCAACCUCGAUACCGAGAUCGAGUUGUCGCUGGCAGAAAUGGACUUGGCCGAGUCCCAAGCCGUCGCCCCUGCGGCCGAGACGACGGCCUCGCCCGCAUCCGAACUCGACCUUGUCCUUGGACACAUCGUCAGCACGAAACUCAAUGCGCCGCUCCCCACCGGGAUGGUCGGUGUGUAGAGCCACCUCAACUUCGGCCUGUGGUUUCCCAAUCCCAACGAACCUUGCUUUGGAUGGAUCGAUUCCCUCCUCCCUCCUUCCCUUCGCUCCUUCUUUGCUUUGGUUGUUUGCCCUAUCCUUCUUUUUUUUUUGUCGUUUGUUGGUGGUUUUUUGUCGAUUGCUUUUAUCCUGUGGUUGAACCCGCUCGUGCUGAUCACUGGCACUCAUUCACUGCGUUUUGACAUUUUGUCACUUAAUAAUGCUGGGAAUUCUCGUUCCCGAAGCAGCCCAUACCAGCUUUUAUACAUUUCUGCUCUCAACGAAGGGAU